AUGGUCGACCUGGGAAUGUGCAAAGAAAAAGCUCCAUAUGAAGAAGAAAAUUCCCUAUCUAUUGUUAGUGUUUGGUGGUUUUCCGAUGAAGAACUACGCGUUCUACAGAUCCUAGAAACAUUUGAUAUCUCCCUUCGUGAUCUUAAUGGUUAUUUUUCAUACGAUGAUGAUUUAUUGAAUUCACUUAAAUUCGAUGAUUCUACUACAGAUGAACAAACAGAUAAACCGUCAUUAAUGAAUAAAAUUGAUCCGACUUAUGUAUCGAAAAACCUUUGGGAUAAACAAAUAUUACAAACACUGGGAGCUACCGAAGCGGUUGAAAAGGCAGCUAAUAACGACGAGUAUUGGAAGGUUAGAAUUUCGUAUCAAACUGGCUUAUUCGUUCGAAUUACCCAAGACGAUGAUUACUGA